AUGCCACGUAAGCUACGUAAGAAUAUACGUAAGAGGAAGGGAGCAUUGAAACAUCCAAUAGUAAAACUGACACCACAACAACAGUUGCAACAACAAAUUAUGAAUGACCCCACUAUGUUGCAACAAAUGUCAAGCAACCCUAUGCUUUUAAACCGAGUUAUUGGUGCACAGAGUGGAGGUUUAAGAGCGGCACUUUUAGCGAAAAUGGCAGGCUAUGGUGGAGCUGCAGACGGAACAGCUUAUAACCCUCAAAGUCAAAUGAAUUUGAGUUCACUCAAAAAUCAAAUAACAGAUGUCAAAAAGUCAAACAUAGACAUACAGAAACAAAUAAGUGAAAACGAAAAGAAACUAG